CUUUCUUCUAAAACACAAUGCAUUUAUAGGCGAUUUCCACACUUUGCAUAUGAGCACAUCCAUGUUACUCUUAAACACCAUUUGAAGUGCCUUGGAUUUUUCCAGAUAACUUUUAAAAUAUAAGAAAAUCGUGCAUGCCCAUUAGAAUUACUUCAUCUGAAACCAAAGAACGUUUGAAAUUCCCUAAGAAGAUGGUAUCUGGUAUAAAUAUUUCACUUGUCCUCAUGUAUACAUUAUAUUCAAUGGUUUUUCUGUAAAGGCUGUAAUUCUUUGGUGGAGGUGGGUGCAGAGAAGAACUGCAAUGUCUCAGCACCAAAGAACAGAUGUGCCUAAUGGAGAUCCUCCCCGAUUGCAAGUAGAAAUAAAAGUGGUAGAAGUUACUCUUGAUGGGUGGAGACCCAACCCACAACAAAUGGAAAUUUUACAAGAGUUCUAUAAUCAGGGCAGUGCAAAUCUUGGUAGGAAUUAUAUGCAAAUUACAAAUGAAUUGAAAGCAUAUGGGCCUGCAGAAGAAUUGAACGUUGUGCAUUGGUUCAUCUGGCGCCGUGGCUCACAGUUUGCCCUGGUUACAGAUCCAGAGGAUGGCACAACAAUGAGAGUGCCCAUUUCCAUUGGAGCACAGACUCCAGAGUGAUAGAUACCCAGGUGGACAUAUCUGUGACAAUGCCAUAGAUUUUUCAUGGCUUCUAAGAGGCAAACAUUAUAUUAUGUUUUGGUUUGUUCCACUGGAGGAAUGGGAUACUUGUUAGCAAUUUGGAUUCUUGUUCUUGUUCUUUCUUUUAUGGGAAGAGUCUGUGCAAGAUUGUUAUUGCAAUAGGAAGGGAUUUGGCCUCCUAGCCUGCAGUUAACCAUAUUUUCAAUAUAUUCAGAAUUACAGGUAUCUGUUUUGUGAUGUAUUUUGGUGCAGUUGGAAGCUAUUCAAUUUCA